GUGGGGGAUUCCGGGUGCGUUGUUGCUGUGACACGCUUCAUCUUUUGGGAAGUGUUAGCCCCCGUGUUGCUUGCAAUACCAACUAUUGCGAUCUGAAGAAACACCUCGCUGCUACGAGCUCUUUCGUCCUUUGGUAUGCUCAUGAAUUUGUGGUUUGUUCUUGCCCCUUGCUUCGGUUUCAUAAUAAUUGCAUAGAUGUAAUGUGCAAGCCAGCACAAGGAAACCCAUCAAGUAUCUUACGAUAAGGCACAAAUCUAUGCCUACCUGACUAGAAUAUCAUUUCCAUUGGAUCGGUCAAUGAUAUCAGACGUUGUACGGUCCAAGGACGGGCUUCAAUAUCUAUCUUCUCUUCAAAAGUAUCAUCUUGCCGCGAUCCCAUUUGAGAAUCUGAGUUUGCACUAUUCUAAGGAGCACACCAAUUCUUUGAACCCCGAUGAUUUGUUCGAGAAGAUAGUAAUUCGCAAGAAGGGCGGAUACUGCUUCGAGAGCAAUAGCCUUUUCGGAGUGAUGCUACGAAGUCUGGGCUUCGAUAUUGUUUCUGUUGGCGCCAGAGUGACGCUUGUCAGUCCUUCUGCCGGUUGGGAUCAUCAAGUGAAUCUUGUGUCCAUAGCGGGAACGACUUAUCUAGUAGAUGUUGCAUUCGGAGCUUCAUGCCCCACCCGUCCUAUGCCUCUGGUCCAUGGCCAAAUCUCACGAUGGGGUGCCACUGUCGCAGAAACCAGACUGACUUUCCAAGACCCCUCGAACGCUAUUGUUCAAGGCCUCUGGGCUCUUGAACACCGAGUGUCACCCGCGAAUGAGUGGACACCUAGCUACACCUUCGCAUUAACGGAAUUCUUCCCCAAAGAUUUUGAGAUUAUGAAUUAUGCUGUUCGUUCCCAACCAACUAGCUUCUGGACUUACAGCAUCCUCUGCUUGAGAAUGAUAUUCGAUGAGGAAGUUGACGACAUCACUGGCUUGCUGGUUCUGCAAGGUGACAGACUAAAGCAAAGGAUACACACCGAAUCUGAGACGCUCAUGCAAUGUGCUGAUGAGCACGAGCGGGUUGAAGUCUUAGAGAAGCAUUUUGGAAUCCAUUUAUCUCAUGCGGAACAGCUUGGCAUCCUUGGUACAGUUACCCAGUUGAAAGGUGGCUUUUCUCUGAUUUAAGAGGCGUCCAUCUUGCCGUCAUGUCUGUUGCAUCGGGCAGACAAUAUACACAUCCCAGCUUGUGUCUCCCGAAUCUCGUUCCUGAAGAAGCACAUUCAAUACUAGUCAAUAGUCUUGCAACAUCUACAAACCUACACACAAGGAUCCUCCGCUCGUCAAUGUA